AUGGCGCGCAUCCGAAGCUUGCCACUUGUGCCGCUCCCUCCAGGAUUGGUGUUGCUUCCUGGAGUCACCAGCCGGAUACCGCUGGAGAACCGAGCUGAUGUCGCCGCAAUCCUCGCGCACAUUUACAGCAAGGCCUCAACACCGCGACCGGAGGCCUCUAGCAUCACAGUCGGCUGCGUUCCGCUCAACAGCCCAUAUCUAAGCGCUGACGGUAAGCGGUUGAUCGAAGAUGCCGACAAGGACAAGACGGCUGCCGUCAUCCAGACCGAUCCGGCUCAGGCACGCAAGCCGGAUCUCUUCCAGUAUGGCGUUCUGGCGCGGGUGACUGGUGUGCAAGGCCGGCGAGCCGGUGAGCUGACAUUGCUCGUCGAGGGCGUUAGCCGGUUCAAGAUAGAGAAGGUGCUACGUGAGCGACCGUACUUCGAGGCUAAGGUCGCGAUGCACGAGGAAGUCGCUGUUCGCGAGGAUGACCAGGAGAUCGAUGACUUGUUUGCCCAGCUUAAGCAGCUAAGCCGGGAGCUGAUCGCCUUGAUCAGGCUGUCUGCGCUGCUGCCGCGAGGACCUAGCAUGUCAUUGUCACCGAUCCUCGCACGGCGGCUCGAACUCUAUAUCGUCCGAAAGGAUCUGCAAGAAGCAGGUGUUUUGGCAGACUUCAUGACCAACAUCAUCGACUGCACACACGAAGACAAGCUGCGCAUUCUGUCCGCAUUGCCGGUCAAGGACCGUCUGGAGCGCAUCAUCGAGAUCUUGCAGCGUCAAAUCAGCACAAUCCAAGGCAACAGCCGCAUCAUGUCAAUCACCACUUCUCUGCCACAGAACGGCGUAGUAGAUCUCGAAACACUUCAACGGCUACGGCAGGAUCCGCGCAUGAAGCGCAUGGGUAAUGGGCAGAUGCCUCCCGGUUUCCCGGGGGGUAUUGGAGGCCCCGGUAAUCAAGGUGACGAGGAAGCCAAUGAGGUCGAGGAACUGAAGAAGAAGUUGGACGCGGCGAAGCUUACGCCAGAGGCGCAGAAGGCUGCAGAUCGUGAGCUUAAGCGGCUCGCGAAGAUGAAUCCAGCCCAGGCUGAGCAUCAAGUGUGCCGUAAUUAUCUUGAGAACCUAGCAGAGAUCCCAUGGACGAAGAUGACAGAGGACAAUCUUGAUGCCGCAACAUUGGCACGAGCGCGGAAACAGCUGGACGACGACCACUACGGCCUAGACAAAAUCAAGAAGCGGCUGCUAGAGUACCUGGCGGUGUUGAAGCUCAAGCAGGCAGUUAACAUGGACCUGGACAAGCAGAUACAAGCCAUUGCCGAGAGUGCAGGGGGUGUCGCCCCCACUGCUCCAAAAGAGCAGAAGGCACGGGAGCAGACGCCUGAGGAGGUCAAGAUACUGAAGCACAAGAAGAUGGUGGACAGAUCGCCUAUCCUGCUACUGGUUGGACCGCCAGGCACCGGUAAGACUUCACUUGCAAAGUCUGUGGCUACCGCUCUUGGACGGCAAUUCCAUCGCAUCUCCCUUGGCGGUGUGCGCGAUGAGGCUGAGAUCAGAGGCCAUCGGCGAACUUACGUCGCUGCGAUGCCUGGCUUGAUUGUCAACGGCCUGAAGAAGGUGGGCGUGGCGAACCCAGUCUUCUUGCUUGACGAGAUUGACAAGGUCGGCACCUCUUCCUACCAUGGCGACCCAUCGGCGGCGAUGCUCGAGGUGCUGGACCCGGAGCAGAAUCACACGUUCGUCGACCACUACGUCAACAUACCGAUCGACCUGAGCAAGGUUCUUUUCAUUGCAACAGCGAACACUCUCGAUACUAUCCCGCCGCCUCUACUCGACCGCAUGGAGACCAUCCAACUGUCUGGAUACACCACGCUCGAGAAGAGGCACAUUGCAACCCGCCACCUAAUCCCAAAGCAGAUCACCACCAAUAGCUUGACACCUAAGGACGUUCAGAUGAAGGAGGACGUUCUCGACAAAGUCAUCACGUCAUACACCCGCGAAUCGGGUGUGCGUAACCUUGAGCGCGAGAUUGGUAGCGUGUGCAGAGCAAAGGCGGUACAAUUCGCGGAAGCGCGCGACACCAACACCUUGCCGGCCUACUCACCAAUCGUCACUAUCGAAGACCUUGAGGACAUCCUCGGCGUCGAACGCUUCGAGGAGGAGCUUGCCGCUCGCUCCGCCCAGCCCGGCGUCGUGACUGGACUUGUGGCGUACAGCACCGGUACUCAGGGUAGCAUCUUAUUCAUCGAAGUCGCCGACAUGCCCGGCUCCGGCCGCGUGCAGCUCACUGGCAAACUUGGCGACGUGCUCAAAGAGUCCGUUGAAGUCGCCCUCACUUGGGUUAAAAGCCAUGCUUACGAGCUUGCCUUGACCCAUGAUCCGAGCGAAGACAUUAUGAAGAGCCGCUCUAUCCACGUCCAUUGUCCCUCCGGCGCCAUUCCCAAGGAUGGUCCAUCGGCAGGACUGGCGCACACCGUCGCACUCAUCUCGCUGUUCUCGGGCAAGACGGUCCCACCAACCCUUGCCAUGACUGGUGAAGUCGCGCUGCGAGGCAAGGUCAUGCCAGUUGGUGGGAUCAAGGAGAAGCUGAUCGGUGCGCUGCGGGCCGGUGUCAAGAAGGUUUUGCUACCGCAGCAGAACCGCAAGGACGUCAAGGAUCUGCCGGUUGAGGUUACUGAGGGAUUGGAGAUCGUGCAUGUGAGCCAUAUUUGGGAAGCGCUCGGUCACAUCUGGCCAGAUGCGGAAUGGCCAGGCCAGAGAGGCUGGAGUGGGUUCGAUAGUCGACUUUGA